UAUACUUCUUUAUUGAAUCAAACAUACGUUAUUAAUCGAGACGAGUGUAAUAUUUUAAGGAAAAUGAAGCAUAAGUCUCUUCAUCAACAACUGAUUUCAUUAUCAAAACAUUGUUUGGACCAGUCAGUUAAGACAGUUUUCUGUUGGCAUUUAAUUUUGAACUCAAUAUCAUGGUCAUUAUACUUUUUGGUUCCAACGAUUACGUACAUUCUUGAGACUAGUAUCAGAAGAAUAAUUUAUGAAAUAACCUUUGCGGCGAUCAUCACGGUAAUAACUUUGUCAAUUCAUCCUACUGUCUUCAGUUAACGUUCAAUUUUUGUUGCUCCAGUAAAUC